AUGAUACAAGCCGUCGCUUCAAACCAUGUUGCAUUCCAUGAGGGCGUAGCUCCUGGCACGAUUAUCUAUAGUGUAGAGAAUGGUAAAAUUUUGGAUGUACUACAAGGAAGGGUAGCCACCGAAAGAGAACUAAUAGGCUGUGGAUGGAAUUUAGAAUCCUAUGACAUUGUUUCGCCGUACUUAAUAAUGCCUGGAUUGGUGGACGCUCAUGUACAUUUGAAUGAACCUGGUAGAACUGAAUGGGAAGGAUUCGAGACGGGGACCAAAGCAGCCGUCGCUGGUGGUGUUACUACUGUCAUAGACAUGCCUUUGAAUGCCAUCCCACCAACAACGAAUAUUAAGAAUUUCAAGCUGAAAUUGGAUGCAGCAGAGGGCCAGCUGUGGUGCGACGUUGGAUUUUGGGGCGGGUUAGUACCGGACAACUUAGCCGAUUUGAAACCGCUAGUAGAAGCUGGCGUAAGAGGUUUCAAAGGGUUUCUUAUAGAUUCCGGUGUCGAUGAGUUUCCUGCAAUUGAUAAACGAUACAUCCAACAGGCGUUGCACUUAUUGCAAGGUGAGAAAACUAUGGUUAUGUUCCAUGCUGAAUUACAGCUACCAGAACCUGGCCACGAACACACUAUUGUAGACUAUAAUGGUGAACUGGGGACUGACAGUAAUGCCGAGAACUUGCUUUCUGCAACCAAGUCAUUAUCAUCUGUCGAACCAAAAUAUGGUCAAGUUUCGGAAUUAAUCCAACAUCACGAAGAUCAUUUGGAUUCAAUAACUACACCUCUCGAAGCCGCAGAAAAUGAAAUAUGCGACCAUUCAUUGUCCAAAAUAGAUCCAUGCGAAUACAAUAGCUUUUUAUUAUCCAGACCGGAUCAUUUUGAAACAGACGCAGUAGCAUUAAUUGUCAGUUGUUUACGCAACAGCAUCCUUCAGAAUGGGAUCGAAAAGUCACCGUUCGUUCAUAUAGUACAUCUAGCAUCGAUGGAAGCUUUACCAAUCUUGAAACGGGCUAAGGAUAUGGGACUUCCAAUCACCGCCGAAACUUGCUUCCAUUAUCUUUCAUUGGCAGCUGAAAGGGUUCCUAAAUCCAAGACUUUUUACAAAUGUUGUCCACCGAUACGUAGUGAGAAGAACAGAAAGGAACUUUGGAGAGCCUUAAGAGAAGGUCUAAUCACUUCUGUAGUAAGUGACCAUUCUCCAUGUAUACCGGAGCUAAAAGACCUCGCAAAAGGUGAUUUUUUUAGUGCAUGGGGAGGAAUUGCAUCCGUCGGGUUGGGACUACCAUUACUAUACACUAACGGUGCUUCCAUCGCUGAAAUCAUUCAAUGGUGUUGCGAGAACACCAGUAAGCAAGUUGGUCUUGAUCACAGGAAGGGUUUCCUAAGAACUGGAUACGACGCAGAUUUUGUUAUCUUCGACAUCAAUACCUAUCAGACUGUCGACAACGAUAAAGUUUAUUUCAAAAACAAACUGACAGCCUAUGAUGGGUUCAAACUGAAAGGUUUAGUGAGAAACACCUAUGUUAGAGGAAAAUUGGCUUUUGAACUUGACGGCAUGGGACAUAAUAAAAACCCUCCCGGCCAGACAAUUCUUGAACGCAGAAGAACAUGA